GUAGAAUAAAAGCUUGAGACUUCUCUCUCAAAAGACUAAGUGUAGUCUUGGUGCUUCGGCACAGAGCGUUUGAGAUAAUACUCUGGAGACGCUCAUAUCUACUACCACCUAUCCAUAAAAAACUAUACACCAACCAUUAACACCACAAAGAAUUCUCCAACACCAUUUUCAACGAUCAUAAGCAAUCAGCCUCCCUCGCACCACAUGGGGACGUUCAGUAGCAAGAAGUUGCAUCAAUCAACCUAAGCAACGAUCAGGUAUGUCGGAUAAUCCCAGUAGCAGUAACAAUUACUUUAAUUAUUUAAGUAAAAAUGAGGAAGAAAAUUAUUUUCUAGAUGGAAUAUUAGAUGUCAAGAAAAUUAAGGAACAAACUAAUUUUACCUUAUCAGAAACGCAAAAUUUUAUUAUUAAGUCUUUUUUAUCCAAACUAUUUGAUAGAAAAAAUAUAAUUAAAUAUGGAAAAAUGAUAGGAGAAACGACAGUACCAAUAGAACAAACUAAGGGAGAUUUCCUAAUUCAAAUAAUAAAUAGGGAACAAAUUAGGAAAAAAUUAUCCAAGUUACAACAGGAAGAAAGAAAUAAAAUAGCUUAUAUUCACAUUAGCACGAUACAAAUCAUUCUAAAAUCUACUAUGAAAACAGGGAUAAGUGCACCUAUAGAACUAGAAAUAAGAGAUGAUCGACUCAUCAAUAGAGAAGAGAGUAUUAUUGCAAAAGGAAAAGGAAAUCUAGGAGUAGGAAUAAUCAAAUUCGAUAUUAAUCUACAACAAGGAAUUAGUUUAACAUAUGGGAAUCUCGACUCUUCCAUUAUUAUAAAGUAUGAAUUGAAAAGAAAAAAUUUCAUGAAAGAAAACAGUAAACCUUUUUCGGUAACAUACCAAAUAAACUUUGCACUGACCAAUAGUCAUCAUAGUCUAGCGUUUAAAGAUAAGGAAGCCAUCACCAUAGAAGAUUUAUUCAAACCAUUAAUUCAAUUAGAAUCUCCUCUAAAAAUAAUAAAAUCAAAUUAUGAUCAUCCAAGAAUAAGUAUAGAUGAGAGAAGUUCUUCCAUGAGAUUAACCGAUAAGCAGAAGGAAAUGGAAAAAGAAGAAAACAAGGAAAUAAAAAACAUAACUAUACUUCAUCAAAAUGAUAAUACUAGUGAAAUAAAAAAGUUACAAGAACUAAUCGUAGAAAUGAGUGAAAAAUUGUAAAGAUGCCUAACACUUAUUACAUAAAUAAAUUGAUAGAAGGAAUAGAUGCAAUAGACCUUACAUCAGUAGGCGACAUUAAUACGGUUACGUUAGAAUUAUCUCACUUCGUAUCAGAUAUUGUAGAAGAACAAAUGUCUAUCGGAAAUUCAGAAAUAUUAGAGAAAGCCGUAUCUAAAACUGAAUUAAUUACCGAUAUAAUAACUAGUCUAAACAAAAUAAAGCAGAAACUAGAAAAUAGAUAAACCAAAAACAACAAAAUGAAAAUUAACCACCUUUAUUUGGGCCAUUCCAUGAAAGAAAAAGAAAGAAUGAGACUUGUUGCAGAAAACAAGGAAAAGAAAGAAUGAUUAGAUUCUUUAGUAAGCUUUUUAAAAAUAAAGAGAUGAUUGAGACUUCUCAAGAAACAAUAUAUGAAACACAGAAACUUAGGAAUUUGGAAUCGUAAAAUUAUUGGUAUUAGAGCUAAAAUGGGAAAAGACCAAAAAGUGCAACCCGCUUCAACCCGACGGGUUCACUUUGACACAUAUACCUGGGACCAGCACGCUUUUUUCUAAUAGGUAAAAACCUUUCAUGCUAAAAGCAAGCAGUCGAUCUUUCCGCCUCUGGUCUCGCCAUCCCUCUACACCAGAAGAGAGCUCCAGCGGGCCAAACGCUGCAGAAAAACCCAAUCCUUCCUGUCCGCCCGCCGCCGCCGCCUCCAUCCUCUCCCUCCCCUCUUUGAAAGAAGAAGAACUCGGCAGCAAAUCAUGUGCGAAGAUUUGCGAAAGCGAAAUACAGAUUGCAAACACUUUCUGGCGUCCCCCGUCUCUUGCAAGAAGGCUUGUUCUUCGAUCUUUCCCUGCCAUUCCUUCCUUCUUCUACUUCCAUUCCUUCACGAAACUCUUUGUUACCUUCUCAAUUCCUGCCCCCUGUUCGGAAAUGCAUUCUUUCAAGGUUCCGGAUUCGUUCUAAUGACUACCGCCGUUCGCACUGACCCCUCUGAUACAGGUUUGGUUAGAUUUCAUUUUAGGGUUUCAAUUUUGAUUAUGGGAUCUGUGGGGGUUAUCUUUGUUGAGAAUCCAUGGUUUUUCUGUAUCUUAACCGGUCGCUGGAGUAACUCUUUGCGCGGAUAGUUAGGUUAACCCACCUUUCUCUGUUGAGAAACUGGGAAUUUCUUGGCAUUAUCAACAAUGAAUUGAUUCUACGGUCAGUUGUUGGGCAAGAUUGCCAUUCGUUUCAUGUAAUGCAUACUGGCUCUUGGAAUCCUUUGAUGACUUACUUGAUUCUUUUGCAGGGCGCUGAUUGUGAGUACCGGCACAAUGAGACAGCAAGGAAGAACUCUAGGGAUUGCAAGUUCUGGUUGUCUGGGGCCUGUCCAUUUUCAAGCUGCGACUUCAGACAUCCGGUAAGCAGUUCUUUCUUGAAACGUUUCUAUGAGGGAGUUGCUUCUAAUUCUAUAUCAUCGUAGAGUGCACCGCUGAUAUAAUUGAUUCUCAAAUUUAUAAUUGCAAGUAAUUGUUGUUUCACAUUCAUGGUUCCAAUGGGUUUUAUGGUGAUGAUUUGCUUACUGUUUAGAGGUCCAGUUGCCUUAUAUGUGAGUUUUAGAAGAUGGCAGCACCACCCCACCAUUUUGCAUUUUGAUGCGUGGAUAGGUUACCAUGCUCUAGAGUUAUUUCCCUAAUCCAGUUCUUGCGGUGAAUAUGUGCAGGAUUCUGUCACUGAGACACAUCCUUGUCGGCUCUGAAAUUAGCAUAUUUCUUUUUUUUUCCCCACGUAACUAAGCUAUCGGAUUUAAUGGUGUGAAUGGCAGUUCGACAUCUUAUGAGCAGCUUGCUAACCAACCAUGCUUUCUGUCCCCUUUUCCUUCUUUUCCUUGGUCAUUGCCUCUCAUUCCCUAAACCAGGAUGAUUUGAAAACAUAAAUUUAAUCCUGGUGGUCUUCUCAUGGAAACUUGUUGAAUAGCUAAUUAAAUUAGUUAGUUACCAAUGUGUGUUUAUCUUUGGUCCUAAUCUUUUCUUCAUGCGUAUUGUUAGUUCUAUGACUGGCUGAUUAUGUGCUCUGUAGAUUUCAUUGUAGAUUGAUAUGCAUGCACGUAAUCGGUGUCAUCUUCUUAGCCAAUUCAUAUUCAUGGGUCUGAUGGUAUUUCUGAUGAGGGUUUGGUUAGUGUUUAGAGCUUCUAGUUGCCUUAUCUUUGAGCAUUAGAAGAUGAUUGUAUCGCCAACCAUUCAGCAUUUCGAUCUGCAGACAGAUCAUAAGUUUCAAGAGUUGUUUCUUUUGCCCUGUUCUUGGUUGUGAAUGUGUGCUUUCUGUCUGUCUCUGAGUCAUUUCUUUGUAGGCAAGCAAGUUCUGAAAUUAGAAAAUAUUUCACAUUUUUGUUGUUGAGUGAAUGUUUCACCUAUUCAAGGUAUUGGAUUUAGUCAUUGCAAAUGGUAGCAGACAUCAUUGCUGAAUGCCUUUAGGGCGGUUUUAUUGAUGAGGAUUUCUGAUUGUGGUGAUGGCAGAUUGCUAACUAACCAUGAUUUCUGCCUCCCUUUUCCUUCUUCUCCUUUCUAAUUCAUCUCUGCAUUUUCCUGACUUUGUUACUGGACCUGUACUUGGUAAUUGCCUCUCAUUCCCUAUGCCAUGAUCUGAAAACAUGAAUUCAAUCCUGCUGCUGUUCUCAUUGAAACUUGUUAGAAAUCUGAUUAUAUUCGUUAGUUCGUAAAGUAUCAGUUAAUCUCCAAAGAGUUAUAGGGUGUAUAUAUAGAUAUUAGACCAAUCAAUUUCAGAUCUGUUUUUCAACUUCAUAUUCAUCUGAUAAAAUUAUCUGAACUGUCAGCAGCUUCAAGAAAAUCCAUCUGAAGCUUCUUCAUCUGGUCCAGCGCUAACUCAGAUUACUCCACCGUCAAUCAAGAUUGCAGAACCUUGCUCUUUCGAAUUUUCUCAUGCGGUACAAAAAGAUAAGCUGAGCCCUCUACCGGAUGAUGUGCUCAUCCACAUACUCUCUUUCCUACCUACCAAGUAUGUCGUAUGCACUAGCGCCCUAAGCAGACGGUGGAUCCAUCUAUGGAAAAGUGUACCCACCAUCGGUCUCGACGUAUCGUUGCUGAUGAAUCAUGUAAUAGUGUCGGCUGGGGAAGCUAGAAUAAAGUCGGAAUUCCCCUUAUUCGUCAACGCGGUUCUGAGACACCACAGGAAUCUUGAUUUUGUUCGGCCUUUCAGCAUUGACUUUACCUUCUCCUCUUCUGGUGUUUUUCCAUUCGAUCCACAGCUUGAUGGGAAGGAACUGGGGUUUGGGCCUCGCCUUGAGGAAGCUGAGGUUAGGUUUGCAGAUGCAGCGUUACCUGAAAUUCUAUGCAAACUUCCAGAUAGCCUCUACAUUUUGGAAAAACUUAAAGUUUCUCAGCUCGGAAGGUUUAGAAUGACUGCAACUGGGUUUGUGUCCCUUCCAAGUCUGAAGACCUUGUUGAUUAGUGAUUGCACGACUAACAUCGAGACAUUAAGAAGGCUACUUUCUGGGCGUCCUGUUCUGAAGGACCUGACUCUGUGUUUCUGCAGUUUGGAAGAGGAUGACGAUGACGAAGAAAAAGAAAUUGUUGUUUCCUCACCGUCAUUGAGAGAUUUGCAUAUUGAAAUGAAUCCCGAUGAUACAGAGUCACUUUGCAGGUCUAUCAUUGUCAUUGAAGCCCCGGAGCUCCGCAAUCUCUAUCUUGCAGAUUUCACAAGCUUACAGUUUAGACUGCUCACUCCAUUUCGAGACGUUGCCUCAGCUAAGAUUUUUACUACUAGGUUCACAGUAGGGUCGCAUCAGGCCCUGAUUGGUUUAAUCAUCGAACUCUCCAAUGUCCAUGAAGUUAGAUUGAUUGGCAAGACUGCGGAAUAUUUGCGUUCAGGUGGUGAAGAUGUUUGGAUGCCCGCCUUCCCCAAGUUGCAUAAAGUGAAUUGCCCUAGAUCACAUUUAUCUUGGAUUGUGCACUUCUUUAUGCGCAAAGCUGGAAACCUAAAAUAUUUUGAGGUUUGAUAAUUUCAUGGGCAUUGAAGAGUUGGGUUAGUAAAUCAAUCAGGGCUUCACGCAAGCCUUGGCCUGUCGUUUGAAUCACAGCUUUGCGAAUGCCUUGGCCUGUCGUUUGAAUCACAGCUUUGCGAAUGUCUGGAAAUAGAGUCUGACCCCAAAACUUUAACCUUGUGAAAUCAAUAAGCAAGACAUCGUGAAGCUCUGGAGUUUCAAUGGCAAUUGUACACAUGCCAAGUGACCUUGGAUCAGAUGGAAAAAUGAGAAUCUGCAGAGAUCUCAGUGACGGCAAGGAAACAAUGAUUGACCCUUCUACGUCAUCAUCUUCCAAACUGAAAUAGGACAGACUAAGAUCCUUCAGAACAGGAGAACCAGAAAGUAGCCUUUUUAAUGUCUCGAUGUUAGUUAUGCCACCGUGAAUCGCUAACGUCUUCAGACGUGGCAGAGAAACAGACCCGCAAGCAGUCACUCUAAAUCGUCCGAUCAUCGCACAUUCAAGCUUCUCAAGAGUGUAGAAGGUAUUCGGAAGCAAGUGUGAUAUUCCAGGUACCUCCACUUCCCUAGGAAACCAAACCUCGACUCUCUCAAGAUCAGGCCCAAAUACUAGUUCCCUCCGGUCUAGCUGUGGACCAAAUAGAAGCUCACCAGAAGAGUAGAAGAUAAAGUCAAUGCAGAUACGCUGAACAUAAAUGAGAUUCCUGUGCUGCCUCAGAACCGCAUUGACGAAAAAGGGGAAUUCCGAUUUUAUUUUACCUUCCUCAGCCGGCACUAUUGCAUGAUUCUCAAGUCUCGGUAUUCUGAGAUCGAUGGUUGGUACCAUUUUCCAUAUAUCCAUCCAUCGUCUGCUUAAGGCGCUAGUGCGUACGGCAUACUUGGUAGGUACAAAAAAGAGUAUGUGGAUGAGCACAUCAUCUGGUAGAGGGCUCAGCUUGUCUGUUUGUACCGCAUGGAAAAAUGUGCCUUUCUCACCUUCGAAGCAGUAGCCCUGGGAGUUGAAAGAGAAAGGUUCUGAUAUCUUGAUUGACGAUGGAGUAAACUGAGCGAGCGCUGGACCAGAUGAAGAAGCUUCAGCAGGCUUUACUACUUCCUGCAAAAAUUAUCAAACCACCCUGGCGAUGAGACUACUGCAACAAAGUUAUCGUUUAAGAUAUAGAUAUGGAACUAACACUUACGCUAUUCUCCUGCAAGUACAUUCUUUUUUUCCAUUUCGAUUUGUUCUGAAAAGCUGAUUGUUUUGAUCAUUGUUUCAGGAAUGUCUGCGUUCAGGUGGCGAAGAUGUUUUGAUACCCGUCUUCCCCAAGUUGUAUAGUUUGAGUUGCCCUAGAUCCCACUUCUCUUGGAUUGUUCACGUCUUUGUGGACCGAGCUCCCGAACUAACACAUCUUGAGUUUGAUCCGGUGAGUUCCAUAUCUAUAUCUUGAAAGAUAACUUUGUUACAGUAGUCUCAUAGCCAGGGUUUGAUAAUUUUUGCAGGAAGAUGAAUACUAAGGUUGAGGGUCGCUUUCUGAUAACACAGUUCUUGCCCAGUUCCCACUGAUUACCAUUGAAUCUCCGUGUCCAGCUUCAGAAGACCAUGCAGGGGGUUUUUGAUCAUUGCAAUUUGUAUUGACAAUCUGUCAGCUUCAUGGUUUCUAUUUUGUGGAAUAUUGGUUUAGGGUUUUGUGGGGUUUACUGAGCGUUUUUUAAGAUAAAAAAUGUUCUGAAACUGAAGUAUAUGGAGGCUUCAUACUCUUUUCAUCUCAUAUGUUUAGAAUCCCGCCGUGCUCCCAGAUGGGAUGGUUGUGAAUGUGACACGAGAAAAAUGAGUGGUUAUGACAGUACUUUACAUUUCUUUCAACUAAAUAGCUAAUCUGGAAAGAAAUACAUUUUUUAGGGGUAAAUACAAUUUAAUAUCCAAA